GUGCUGUGAUUGGCCAAUCCAAAAAUACCAAACUACCGAGACGUUGUGACUCUAGAAGGUGAACUAAAGGAUUUCAGACACAAUGGAAAUAGUUAAAUGUGACUCACACGGUAGUGUGUGUAUGCUGAAAACCGGUGUGAAAGAGGGACCAAAUAAAGGCAAGAGCUUCUAUAUUUGCAUUGACAGGCAGGGCUGUGAUUUCACCCAACAGGCCAGUAUCUCUCCUUCCCACUGUCUGCAUCACGAAGAGUCGGUGGUGGAGCUGCAGGCGCUCAGCUACAGCCAGCAGCRGCAGAACCACCAACUCCACUACAGAUGUGCUGUCGGGAAAAGAGAAGGUCAGAGAUGGUGUGGAAACGUUCCCUGGACUGCUCCACAAAAAGAAAGGAGAACCCCUUUAACUGACUCCCAGCUGCAGCCCUCCUGCCUCCCACCUGUCAGAAAUCCCUUUAAAGUUCCCGACAAGACGCACAAACCUUCAGAGCAUAGAAGCGUGCAAAGUGGUGGGUGUGAAGAGAAAGAAGGGGAGAAGAAAACUGGGAAAGCAAAUUAUAAUGCAGAAGGAAGACAAAGUGCUCAGAAGGAAAAUAUGGAGGCUUUAGGUACAGGAGUGGAAGCUCGAGAGGAAAGAAAUUUGAGCGCACCUGAAACAYAUCGAGGUAAGCUGCUCCCAGCAGGWAUGAAGGUGAAGAAGAGAAUUUCAAGCGAGGAGAGCAGCAAGUCCAAAGCUGACGGCGUUGAUAGAACAGCAGCUAGGACGCAAGACCAGGCUGGGAAAAGUUCUGCGGAGGAGGGAGAGUCRGAGAAAACCAUUUCCACGCAAGACAUUGAGAAAAUUGGUCAAAUUUGCCCUGACCUACACAAAACCAUGCCACAGACAGCAACCAAUAGUCAAACCUCUUCCUUGAGUCAAGAUGAACCCACAGCGAAGAAGAAYGUCGCUAAGUCUGUCCCCGGCAGAAGCAGCCAGUCUUCCAGAGGAGCGGAUUGUGCUGUUUCUGUUGAGACAGAGACCCACAACGAAGAAGAGGAUGACGRAGACGUAGUUUUGGUUUCAGUGAAACCGGCAGUUCGCCAAACAGCCCCGGCUUCUUCUGCAGUUCAAAAGACGAUCACCAGCUUUUCUGGGUUUCAGUCGGCCGCCCAGGUGGGCAACCCGAAGGGGAUGCACUCUCUGCUCAGUGUCCAGCUUCAGCAGAAGAAGGCCACUCUGUCUUCGGUGAAUGUGGAGGCUCUGCCAGAUAAAGGAGAGAGGCUGAGGUUGCAGGUUAAAGAGCUGGAGGACGCUCUGGAGUCUCUGAGCCUCGCUGCUGCUUCUCAGCCCGAAUCUGCGGAGGAGUCCAAGAUCAGCGGUUCUGCUGCCGACUCCGCUCGGCCCGUCGUCAACCCAUUCAGCAGGCCRGGCGGUACCGUCCUGCUCCCCUCUGCUCCAGCACCAGGCCCGGUCAAGCACCAAGCCUCCGGCAGCUCUCUGGGGAUUCAACUGAGCCAGGGAAACGCUCAAACCUUUGGAGAUCUUCAAAUGCACCCUUAUUAUGGCGGCAGGAUGACAAAUGAGCGCCUGCUGGCGGUGAAGAACGCCACCUGCGAGGUCAUUGACCAUCUUCACAAAUCUCUGGACUCGUGUCCGGAUCCCGAGGACGAAGCUUCGGACCCCAGAGGCAUCAAGGUGCCGCUCCUGGCCCAUCAGAGGAAAGCUUUAGCCUGGCUGCUCUGGAGGGAAGCUCAGAAUCCAUGCGGAGGAAUUCUGGCGGACGACAUGGGCUUGGGGAAAACUCUGACCAUGAUCGCUCUCAUGCUGACCAAAAAGAUGGAGGCCAAAAAAGAAGGAGAAAAGAAAGAAGAGAAGAAGUUGGACUCCUGGAUCUCUAAAAGAGAUUCCAGCAUUGUGUCCUCUAAAGGCACUCUGGUCAUCUGUCCCGCCUCCCUGAUUCACCACUGGAAGAAGGAGAUCGAGCGGCAUGUCAAGACGGGCAGGAUGUCGGUGUAUCUGUACCACGGUUCCAGCCGGGAGAGAAGCGCCAGAGCGUAAGAGCCAACAUUYUUGUUGAACACACCAAUGACUUUCCUUUGCUUUAUUUUUUUGAUCUGCCUUUCUAAAAAUGGCUCGGACCCAUUAGAAUCUUUACUGCAGCCAAUUGUUGUUUGGUCUAAUGUUUGGUCUAAUGUUAGACCAAACAUUAGAGGCAUGUUUGGUCUAAAAGUUAUUUGUCCCUUAAAAGAAUCAUUUGAGGAAGGAGUCAUUUCACACCCAGCAGAACCAAAUCUUAUUUAUGAAUUGGUCCGCUAACUGACCGAUUGUAUCUUCAGGUUCCUGCGUUGUUCUCCGUUCGACGAGUACAAGCUGUGGAAAGCUCAGGUGGACAACGGCUCCAGCAGGGGCAGGGAGAGACUCAACAUCCUAACGAGAACUCUGCUGCUGCGACGCACCAAAGAUCAGCUGGACUCCAUGGGAAAACCGCUGGUGUCUCUUCCGAAGCGGACCUGCGAAGUGCAUCAGCUCAAGCUCUCUGAGGACGAGCAGGCCGUGUACGAUGUGGUGUUCGCUCAGUCCAGGUCUACACUGCAGAACUACCUGAAGAGACAUGAAGGGAAGGAUUUGGACAGCGGAAACACGUCCAGUGUCAAUCCGUUUGAUAAAGUGGCCCAAGAGUUCGGCGUGUCCCGGGCUGACCCUGCCAGGUCGGGCUCUGGCCAGGCAUCCAGCACUGUUCAUAUCCUCUCUCUGCUACUGCGCCUCAGACAGUGCUGCUGCCACCUCUCUCUUCUUAAAAAGACGUUGGACUCGUCUGAGCUGCAAGGUGACGGGAUCGUCCUUUCGCUGGAGGAGCAGCUGAACUCUCUGUCGCUCUCCUCGACCCCGUCGCCAUCGGACCCCGACCCCAAACACACCGUGGCCCUGAACGGCACCAGCUUCCCCUCACAGCUGUUUGAGGAGACCAGUGAAAGCACCAAGAUUUCUGCGAUCACGUUUGAGCUCAUGGCGAUAAAAGAGAAGAGUGACAAUCAGAAAAGUGUGAUCGUUUCUCAGUGGACCAGUAUGCUCAAAAUCAUAGCAGUUCAUCUGCGGCGGAUGGGCUUAACUUACAGGGUCAUCGACGGCACCGUGAACCCCAAACGGCGCAUGGACGUGGUGGAGGAGUUCAACACAAACCCUAGAGGACCUCAGGUUAUGCUGGUUUCUCUGUGUGCUGGUGGGGUUGGCCUCAACCUUAUUGGAGGGAAUCAUCUCUUCCUCAUUGACAUGCACUGGAAUCCAGCCUUGGAGGAUCAGGCCUGUGACCGGAUCUAUAGAGUGGGACAACGUAAAGACGUCACCAUUCACAGGUUUGUGUGUGAAGGAACCGUAGAGGACAAGAUCGCAACGCUGCAGACGAAGAAGAAAGAGCUGGCCCAGAAUGUGCUUUCAGGAAGAGGAAGCACAGUCUCUAAACUCUCAUUGGCCGAUCUCAAAAUCAUUUUUGGUGUUUAGAAACGAUAAGUCUUGAGGUUGUCCUUUUUAAAUAUUUACUUUUUUUUUCCUUCUGUUUGUGUAAUGAUGCAAAACUCCUGGAAAAUAUUGAAAUAGCCACAUAAUAAUAAGGUAUUAAAAUUGCUAAAUGAAAGGUUGCUUCACUGUCCUCCCCACGGCUAAUGCUUCACAUUUUGAUUUAMAUUUUUAAUCAUUACAGACUGCAUAGACUAUUAUAAAAAAUGUCUAAGCUUAUAAGUGGGAACACUUUUUWCUGUAAUGCUGCUAUACGCAUCUCAAUGUGCAUUCUAAAUGGUAGCACUUUGUUUUUAUUAAUGCACUAGAGUGUAAAGUUUGUCAUGUAUUGUGUAUACAAGUGAUAAUGUAAUAAAUUCACUUUUUUAUUUCAAACAAAUUGGUAGAUUUAAAAUGAAGUCCACCCUAAUAAAACWUACCACUCUUCUUCAAGCUGAAGAACCAUAACAGAAAUUAUGUAAACUAAAAGCUUGCUGUAUAAGUUUAAUAAAGCUUUUUUUUCACAAUA